AUGAGUUACAAUUUGAAGGAGAAUGGUAACGAGAAUUUCCAUGGAGCAGUUGAUGCCUUCCAUGUCAAGACUGUAGAUACUACUGGAGCUGGUGAUUCUUUCGUUGGUGCACUUCUGUGCAAGCUUGUUGAUGAUCACUCCUUGAUCGAUGAUGAAGCGAGACUGAGGGAAGUAUUGAGAUUUGCAAAUGCAUGUGGAGCCAUCACAACUACCAAGAAGGGAGCAAUCCCUGCUCUCCCCACCGAGGCUGAAGCUCAUGGCCUCUUCAAAGGGGCACUAGGAAAUUGAUUAUACCUCUCUUUUCCCUUCAUUGGUUAUUUUUUUCUUUUUCUUUUUUCUUUUUCUUUUUUAAGUUUUUGGUUUGCUUGUUCUUUCUCUUCUUUUCUUUUUUCCAAAGAGGGGUUUGCUUGACAAUCUACUGAAAAGAGAGAGACAGCAACCUCUCAAAAUUCUCCUUUUGCUUCUCUUUCCUCUUUCUGGCCUUGGUUCAGGAUUUGCAAGACUUUUGAGGGUUCCUGCUGAGGCAAGUUAGUGAAUAAAAACUUUUGGGGUUCUUGUUUAAAUUUUAAUA